ACAACAUCGAGAAGGCUACCCUUUAGCAAUAAAACUUGUUAUUGCGGUCAUCGACGCAUGUUGGAUGAAAAUCAUCCGUACAGAGAUGACAUUAUCCACUUUGACGGUACUAAAGAGAAUCGCUCGCAUCCAGACCCAUUAUCCGGAGAGGAUAUACUUGCUCAGUGGAAUGGUAAAAAAAAACGUGACUUUUGGAAAAGUUAAGGGAAGGCAAGAAACACCACAGGGAUGGAACAAGAAAAUUAUCUUCUUUGAACUACCCUACUGGAAGACAAAUAAAGUGCGGCACAAUCUAGAUGUCAUGCACAUUGAAAAGGGAGUAUCUGAGCACAUACUUAACUUACUUCUCUGUAAAGAUGGAAAAUCAAAAGAUAACCUCAAAGCUCGAAGGGAUCUUCAAGCGUGGAACAUUAGAAAAGAGUUGCAUCCUAUACCGAAGGCAGGCAAUCCUGACCAGUUUGUACUCCCCAAUGCCGUGUAUCACAUGUCAUCAGAUGAGAAGAAAAAGUUUCUUCAGGUGUUACAUGAGUUGAAGGUUCCAACAGGGUUUUCAGGAUCAUUUAGUAAGAAGAAAAAGAUUGUUAAAGGCAAGAUCGAAGGGUUGAAGAGUCAUGAUCAUCAUAUUAUUAUGGAGCAUCUUCUUCCACUUUCUCUUAGGACUUCCCUUCCUAAAUCAGUCGGUUUAGUGAUUAACGAUCUUUGUAGAUUCUUUCGGGAGUUGUGCGCUAAAAACAUUGAGGAUGAUAAGUUGAAGAAGCUCAGGCUAAAAUUCCUAUAAUUUUGUGCAAACUUGAGCGGAUUUUUCCACCAUCAUUCUUUGAUAUCAUUAUACACCUGACUGUUCAUCUUGCAACUGAGGCUAGGCUUGCCGGACCCGUACAAUAUCGAUGGAUGUACCCCAUCGAAAGGUACCUUCUCACUUUGAAAAACUAUAUUCGCAAUAGAAAUCGACCAGAGGGUUCUAUUAUGGAAGGUUAUCUGCUAGAGGAAUUAACCACUUUUUGUUCUCGUUAUCUGGAUGAAGACAUUGAGACAAAACUCAACAGACCUCUCGUGAUUCAUGACGGUCCAUCAAAAAAGCCGGAUUACAACAGAAUGACUCCCGCAUUUAUCAACAAGAUUCAUCG